AUGAAACUCCUAUUACAGUCCCUUCAUUACGAUGAUCAUGCGGACGACGUUGUUGGUCCUUGGACUUGCUUCUAUCGCCUCAUCGACAUGCAUACACCGAACCAAUGCACCGUUGUGAUCAACCAGAAUGAUGGCUCGAAGGGAGUCGGGGGGUUUGUCGUCACAGAGUUUGAUGUGGGAAGCGGCGAUUCUUUCACGGUAGUGAUCAAAGAUGGCGAUCAAACCGUUUUUACGCUCUCAAAAUCCAAUUACGCCAACUAUAAAGAACAACUGGCACUCUACGCCAGUUUUAACCCAGUUGUCACUAUCCUGCUUCAAUACUAUGGCGACAAAGAUGUGAUCUUCAAUAUGUAUGCGUACCCUAGAAGCAUUACUACCCUGCCGACAAUGCCUACGACCCCGACACCGCCUCCAACGGGCGGGUCUGCCGGUUUUUUGGGUGUCGACCUGGCCUUUGCAUUCGAUUCUACUGGCACUGAUCAUGCUGUCUUUACCACGAUGAAAAAGGUCAUGAAAGAUACCGUCAACCAACUGACGGUCGUGCAAGAUGUCGAUCAGCCUUACGGCGCGCGCCUGUCGCUCCAAUCGAUUUCUUCCUCUCAUCAAGCAAAUAACCUGGCGGUUCCCUGGGCUCUUACAAAAGACGAAUUUCUUCAAAUCGCUGACAUCAUACCCACGCGAAACAAACAAUCGUUCUAUGUA